AUGGACCAGGUCGAGGAAGCUAUGUUACUUUUCAGAAAGAUGAUUGAGUCUGCUGUCGUUCCAAAUGAUGUUACUGUGUUAACUAUGCUUUCACUUGGUGCACGUUUUGGACACCUCUGUCAUGGAAGGGAGAUGCACUGCUACAUUCUCAAGCAUGGAUUAACUGGCUCUAACUUACUGCAGAAUUCACUUGUGGACAUGUACUCAAAGUCUAGACAGAUGGCAGCUGCCCACAGAGUGUUUGACCAGAUGCAAUGUCAAGAUAGGCACGCCUACACUUCAUUGAUUUUGGGCUAUGGAAUGCAAAGAGAGGGUCUUGUAUCACUGGAGCUCUUUGAUAAGAUGAUUGCCAACAAUAUCAAGGUGGACCAUGUAACUAUGGUUGCUGUUCUGUCAGCAUGCAGCCACUCUGGGCUGGUAACUCAAGGGCAACUAAGGUUUGCUGAGAUGAUUGAUGUAUUUUGCAUUGCACCAAGGGUGGAGCAUUUUUCUUGCAUGGUCGAUUUGUACUGCCGUGAAGGUUUGCUGAAGAUGGCUGAGGAGAUGAUUAACAGGAUGCCAUUCCAGCCAACUGCUGCAAUGUUGGCAACUCUAAUUGAGGCUUGCGGAAUCCAUGGCAAAACAGAAAUUGGGGAUCGAGCUGCAAAGAGGCUGCUGGCAAUGAGGACGAACAACCCUGGUCACUACAAAUUGAUUGCAAACAUGUAUAUAUCAGCAAAACGCUGGCCAGAACUAGCUAAGGUUAGAUCUUUAAUGAGCGGGAUGGAGCUAAAUAUGAUUCCAACUCAUUCCUUACUGGAGUCAGAAUAUGGCGAAUGUCCAGUUGAACAAGAUUAUUGCUUAAACCGCAGUAUGCCUGGAUGCUUGUCUGAUGACAUGACAGAUACUGAUUUCUCUAGUAGUGAGGAAGUGAAAUUUAAUGAAGCUUUUGGUGGGUAA